GCUGACCACAUAUCCUAGUCACAAUAGUGGUUAUAAAGAUCCCAUCGAUUCAAAAUCCUUAUCCAGGACCCCUGGGCUUCUGCCUCCCCAGCCACUGGUUAGUUAAUGUUAGCUAACAAGCUAACCUAUCUAUACUGAACAAAAAUAAACGUAACGAUUUUACCGAGUUACAGUUCAUAUAAGGAAAUCAAUCAAUUUAAAUAAAUUACGACUCAAUCUAUUUUCACUUGACUGGGGAUACAGAUAUUCAUCCGUUAGUCACAGAAUUUAAAGAAAAAGGUAGGGGCGUGGAUCAGAAAAUCAGUCGGUAUUUGGUGUGACCACCAUUUCCCUCAUGCAGCAAGAUACAUCACCUUCACAUAGAGUUGAUGAGGCUGGGGAUUGUGGCCUGUGGAAUGUUGUCCCACUCCUCUUCAAUUGCUGUGCGAAGUUGCUGAUAUUGUCGGGAACUGGAACACGCGGUCAUACACAUCGAUCCAGAGAAUCCCAAAUGUGCUCAAUGACUGACAUGUCUGGUUAGUAUUUAGGCCAUGGAAGAAUUGGGACAUUUUCAGCUUCCAGGUAUUGUGUAUAGAUCCUUGCCAUUAGCAGCUAAAACAUGAGGUGAUGUCGGCAGAUUAAUAGCAGGACAAUGGGCCUAAGGAUCCUGUCACAGUAUCUCUGUCCAUUCAAAUUGCUAUCGAUAAAAUGCUAUUGUGUUUGUUGUCCGUAGCCUAUACCUGUCCAUACCAUAACCCCACCAUGGGGCACUCAGUUUACAACGUUGACAUCAGCAAACCGCUUGCCCACACAACACCUUUACACGUCUUCUGCCCGGUUGGACUUAAUGCCAAAUUCUCUAAAAUUACGUUGGAUUCGGCUUAUGGUAGAGAAAUUAGCUUUCAAUUAUCUGGCAACAGCUCUGGUGGACAUUCCUGCAGUCAGCAUGCCAAUUCCAUGCUCCCUCAACUUGUGGCAUUGCUAUGACAACUGCACCUUUUAGUGGCUUUUUAUUGUGCACCUGUGCAAUAAUCAUGUCUAAUCGGCUUCUUGAUAUGCCACACCUGUCAGGUGGAUGGAUUCUCUUGGAAAAUGAUAAAUCCUCACUAACAGGGAUUUAAACAAAUUUGUGCACAAAAUGUGAGAGAAGUAAGCGUGGAUGAAAGAUUUCUGGGAUUUUUUAAAAUUUCAGCUCAUGAAAACAACACUUACAGGUUGCGUUUAUAUUUUUGUUCAGUCCAGAUGUGGUUCUGCCUAGCCCUAGGUCAUGACUCUUAGUUCCAUUAUACGAAGGCGUCUUCUGUAGGGGGGAGUUUUGAUAAGAUCCCCGUCACUCGGUCUGAACAUUAACAUGCAUCGCAUUCGGCAAUAGCAUACGGCAGAUACUACCACUGUGAGAGAAGAGUGGUGGGAGUAGGGCGACGUUGGGAUGCUUGCGUGUCUGUGUGGUGCAGACCAGACAUACAGUGAAGAGGAGUGGCAGCAAUGUUGCCUGGUGUUGGUGUGUUUGGCACAGGGAGUACGGCACGGAUGCUAGUUCCAUUGCUGCGGGGGGAAGGGUUUGAGGUACGUGCGCUCUGGGGGAGAAGCGAGGAGGAGGCAAGAUCCCUGGCGCAGGAGCUGGGCAUUCCGUUUCACACCAGCCAAUCAGACGAUGUCUUAUUGCACCCUGAUGUUGACCUGGUCUGCAUCUACAUCUCACCCCCACUCACACGGCAGAUUGCCGUCAAAGCCCUGGGGAUAGGUAAGAAUGUGGUAUGUGAGAAGGCUGCUACCGCUGUGGACGCGUUCAAGAUGGUGACUGCGGCGCGGUACUACCCCCAGUUGCUGAGCAUUGUGGGUAAUGCUCUGCGCUUCCUCCCGGCAUUCGUAGCAAUGCGGAAGCUGCUGGCAGAGGGAUACGUGGGUGAGCUGCAGGUGUGUGACGCCCGCGUCUAUGGCCCCAGUCUGCUCGAUCAAUCAUACGGCUGGACCUGCGAGGAGCUGAUGGGGGGUGGCGGACUCCACACAGUUGGCUCUACCCUCGUGGACCUGCUGAGUCACCUGAUGGGAGCACGGGCGAUACGGGUGCAUGGCCUUCUCAGGACGUUUGUGCGACAGAAUGGAGCGAUCCACGGGAUCCGCCGAGUCACCAGUGAUGACUUCUGUUUCUUCCAGAUGCUGAUGGGAGGUUCUGGACCUGGGACUGGGUCAGGAGUGUGCUGCACUGUGACUCUGAACUUCAACAUGCCGGGGGCCUUUGUCCACGAGGUGAUGGUUGUUGGGUCAGCAGGGAGGCUGAUUGCCAGGGGGACAGAGCUGUAUGGGCAGCGAAAUGGAGGGAACGGGGAGGAGCUGCUGCUAGGGGACAGCGAAGGGACAGGACAAGAGGUCAAGGAUGUCCCUCUGCCACACCUGCGGGGGCUAGGUUCCAUGGUUAAGGCUCUAAAAGAUGCUUUCCAGGCACAGGAAGAGCGUCGGUCGUGGGCGCGGGGGCCAGUUGCCAUGGCGUCUACGUUUGAGGAUGGGCUGUAUGUGCAGACGGUGGUGGAGGCGGUGAAACGGUCAAGCCGCAGCGGAGAGUGGGAAAGUGUGGAGGUCAUGACACAGGAACCAGAUCCCAACCAAAACCUCUGUGAGGCGCUGCAGAGAAACAAGAACUGAGUACUCGUUUAUAUACACACAUACAGCCUCUAUGGCCUGUCCUGAGGAGACUGUCCCCUAUCAACUACUACCCUGUGUCUGGUGACCUCUUCCGUGCAUAAGGGCCACACUCAAAGCCACAGCAUCCUGUCCUGCAAGCAGCCACAGCCAGGCAGACUGGUGGGCACACCUUCUACUUGAUGUCAACUCUUCUUCUCAGCUGAGUUAUUGUGUGUGCAUGCCUGUGUGUUUUUUUUUUUACAUUUUCCAGCCAAUCCGACCCUAGUUCACCUUACCCACACACAUUCCUGUCUAAUCAGUGAACACCUUGAAGGAGGAAGUGUUAAGUAUUCACACUACAGUUUCUCACUGUGCCUCACUACUUCUGCUGAUGUAAGAAAUGUUUGGAGUUGUUUACAUACAUGUCACAGAUGAAAUGUAGGAUUAUCUCUUAUACAUGUGUACUAUACACAAACUGUUACUUUUAAAAGAGUAACUUACUAACUCAAGAAUUUCAUAACAAAUCUAACUUUACAACUUCUCGUAGAGUUUACAAGAAGGUGCGUAUCAUCAUCAGACUGCCAUCACAGCAGAGUUACUCAUAUGCAACCGCCCUUGACUUUCAGUUAUUUGAUGUAUAUUUUAUUAUAUUGCUUGUUGAUCCCAUAUUCCAUAUCAGCAUUUCCUGCACUGCUAAAAUGCUACUACAACCUCUGCUGUGUACAAGCCUGUGAAUAGAAUGUGUCUGACUAUAUGGUGGAAAGACUACUGUAUUUAUUUCUUUUUUACUUUUGCGUUUUACUAAGAAGGCUGUAUGCUUUUUAUUUAAGUAAUAUGUGUUCAGGAAGUGGAAAUGUGUCUAAUAAGCUAUAAGUUUGUUAAUGAAUAUUUAUAUUUUGUGUUUUUAAGAUAUCAUUUCAGUUUUACUUGGUGUUAUCACUGUUACACACAAUACCUGUGAUUUUGUUUUCAGUGGGGGGGACAGCGGCUGUGAAAACAUACUGUGCUCUCGUGUUACUUCCCAAGUUAAUAAAUAUCUCAGUCUUA